AUGUCACAGAAUGGCACUGAUCCAGUCUCCCCCUCAACAACGGAGCGGGCAAGCAAGGGGCACGCAUACGGGUCACUCUCAGAUACGCCAGAGCAUAGCAGACAAAAGAUACGCCUUGCACGCAUACCGGAGAUUGACACUGGGCUUCAGUUCGCGGAAUGUGAAGAAGAUGUAGAAGAAGAGUUGCUGCAGGCCAGCUUAGAACAAUACCAACUCUACCUUCACCAGUUAGAUACCGCAAAGUUGCACCUCGAUACGCUUCUGAGCAAUACUGCGGCUACGCUAGAUCUUCUUUCUGAAGUCUCAACUUCUUUCAAGGCUGUCGAAACCCAGACCUCUGCAUUUCAGAAACAAUCCGCGGGUCUGCUUCAGGAGCAGGAGCAAUACGAAGCAGCAGCCGAUGGCAUUAAGAGGAACCUGAAAUACUAUGAACCGCUUGAUAGAAUUACAAAACGGCUCAAUGCCCCUGGAGCUGGUGCAAUGGUUCGGAGCGAGGCUUUUUCGGAGAUGCUAGUACAAUUAGAUCAAUGUAUUGAUUAUAUGCAGACUCAUCCACAGCAGAGGGAGGCAGAGACCUACCGCUCUCGAUAUCGACUUCUGCUCACGCGAGCUUUGACCUUGGUGCGGACUCGGUUUGUCGGUUCUGUCAGAGACACAUCGGCCGAAGUUGCCAAAAGAAUAGCGGACAAGCAGUUAAAUGAUACAACCAUGUCUGCAUUGCUAUACGCCAAAUUCAGGGUAGAUGCCGCAGAUAUGAAAGAACUUGGCCUGGAGAUUCAGAAAAGGGCUAACCCGCCAGCGGACGCGGAACCAGGUACCGAAGGGGAGUAUCAAAGCUUGAUGGACGAACUUCAUACAACUUUCGCCGCUUCACGAGGGAGGCUGGUCUUACCUAUAGUCCGCACAAGGCUAGCAGAGAUCGCACAGGCACCUAGCACUUCAAAGGAUCUAGUCGCAUUUGCAAGGUCAAGUAUCAGCUAUGUUCGAGGUAUUUGCUUGGACGAAUUCGAGCUCUGGGGUGAAUGGUUCCAUGGCCAACGUGGAUUGUACGACUUCCUCGAGUCCAUUUGCGAGCCUCUUUAUGAUCACCUAAGGCCUCGCAUAAUACACGAGCUGAAGCUGCCUAAGCUUUGCCAACUCUGUACUCUCCUUCAAACACGCUACAUGAAUGACGGCGAAGACGAAUAUGAAACCCUCGAUCUCAAUGAGCUGGACUUUGCACAACUAAUAGAAGCCGCUCUCGAGGAUACCCAAUCCCGCAUCGUCUUUCGUGCUCAAGCCAUCCUUCGUGACGAGAUUGAGAACUUCAAGCCCAACCCCAGCGACCUCGACUACCCUAACCUACUCAAACUUACCAAGGUCCCCACAUCGGGACGCAAAGAUUCGCAAGCAAAUUCGCAAGCAAAUUCGCCCCGGUCUGAGUCGACUGAUGGUUUGGACUUUACACAACAGCGCUGGCCGCUCUCCACCACCACUUCCGCUAACUUAUCGACGCCGUAUCCGACGCUCACCCGGGCCAUCUCUCUGCUUUCCCUAAUCUACCGCCUCCUCAAUCCCACCAUCUUUGAUGACCUGGCCCACCGCGUCGUUCACGCGACAACCCUCUCCCUCAUCCAGGCCUCCACCCUCCUACUCAAAUCCAGAAAGAAACCGCAAACCCCUAGACCAGACAGCCCAGCCAACAAUCCACCAGACCCAACAAGCAACGCUCAUCUCUUCCUCCUCACGCAAUUUCUCCUCCUAAAAUCGCAAAUCGUAGCCUUCGACAUCGAAUUCUCCCCCCAACCCGAAGUGACCUUCGACUUCUCCAACCUCACAAACACCUUCUACGAGCUCCAAGCCGAGCGCGGCGGGCUCUUCAAUCCCUUGAACCUUGUCCGGCUGGUCGGUAAGGGACGGGACCUCCUCCCUAGAGUCGUGGAGAACAUGCUCGAUGCCAAGGUCGAGUUAGAUGGGAGGUUGAGGAAAGUCAUCUCGGACUUCACGGCGUGGGAAGCUAGAAAGAUGAUGGCCCCGCUUCGAAGAAGCGGCGGGGGGAAAGGGUGGGUGGUGAACGGGGACGAGGAGACAACGCGCAAGGCUGUAAUUGAGAUGAGGGGGGCUGUUGAGAAGGAGAUUGAGCCGCUGAGACGGAGGCUGGAGGAGUGGAUUCAGGAUAUCAGGACGAGAGAAACGUUGAUCAUCGCUGUUAGGGAGGCGGUUUUGCAAGGGUAUGAGGAGUUUUUGGGCGCGGUGGAGAGUGGGCAAGGGGAUGUCAAGGCCAAGACUAGGAGCAAGGGGAAGGGGAGGGAGGAUGAGAUUUGGGAUGUCGAUGCGUUCGCGGAGUGGACGGAAAGAGUUUUUGGGGUGACAGAUCAGGCUGGUGAUGAUGUCGAUACUGAUGCUGAUGAACAAAGUCGGAGUUUGUCCAGGGACGGGAGCGUGUGA